GUGCAAAAGCGGCCCAAAGAGGCGCACAAACGGACGCAAAAUUCACAAGUUACAUAAGUCAUCGGCGGCCAUGGCGGUGGUGCGGAAGAAACAGGAUGACAAGAUCCUGAAAACGCUACGCGAGCUGGUUACCAUCGGGGGUAACAAGGAAUGUUUCGACUGCAGCCAACGUGGUCCAACCUACAUCAACAUGACCAUUGGCUCGUUUGUCUGCACGACCUGCUCGGGAAUAUUACGCGGCCUGACUCCACCACAUCGGGUCAAAUCGAUUUCGAUGGCCACUUUCACCCAGGAGGAAAUUGAUUUCGUGCGUCAGAACGGCAAUGACGCGUGCAGCAGAACCUGGCUGGGUCUAUGGGAUCCGAAGCGAGCCAUCAAACAGGAGCACCGUGACUUCAUGAUUGACAAGUACGAGCGGAAAAGAUAUUAUCUGGAGCCAGCCAGUCCCCUGAAAUCUCUUUCAGCCAGCACAUCCAACUCAACGAGCUCUCUUCCAGUCAGCAAUGGUCACAGUAGCAGUAACAAUAAUAUCAACAGUAGAAACGGUACCGAAAACAAUGUGCCACUAAAAACGAUCACACUGACACCGCCAACAUCGCUGCGACUCAGUCGAACAAAUUCAAAUUCCAGCGGCGGACUCAAUGGCAACGGAAGUCACACAUCGUCGUCCGUCACGAGUUCCAGUACAAAUCUCAAGUUCCAGCAGCAGUUCACACCGGACGACAGUAACUUUUUCAGUGAAACACCGCCGAAAAUCUUACCGCCGACUCCGCAGAAGCACUCCAGCAAUCAUCAUCAGCGGCUGAAUGGCGCCGUCAAUGGCGUUGGAAAUUUCGAGCGAAGUCAGCGGAACGGUCUGCUGACCAGUUGCAACAGCAGCGGUAACAAGUUCACACCAGAUUCGGAUUUUGUGGCCGACUUUAGUAAUGCCAACAUUGUCAGUGUCAAUGGAACGACGUCCAACGGCAGUACCGGCUCGAAGAGCAACGGCAUUAACCGGCUAAGCAACGGAUUCAAUGACAAAACCAAUUUAACCAACGGACACCCGCACGGAAGCGAUAUGGAAAAUUUCGCCGACUUCGAGCACAACCAAAUCUACAACGCUGCCGGUGAGUUCUUGAAUGGUUCCUUCUUCAGUAAUGGCAACAUCCUGAACAACAACAACAACAAUAACAAUAACAACAGCAUCGACAGCAGCACUACGAACAGCAGCAGCAGUACCACCAGUGUCAACAGCAUGAGUAACGACCUAUUCAUCAACAAUUACAGUCUGUUGAACAGCAACAAUACUUCCAACGGCACAAGUGGUGUGGGAGGGCCUGGUACGGGUGGCAUCGGUGGGUGCAGUGAUCUCUCGGUUUUUAAUAACAACACCCAUUUCCCUGCGGCUUUCGGAGAGUACCAGUCGAACGCCUACGGCAUCGGUCCGUACUAUGGCACCUCCACUCAAAUGCAACCCAACGGAUACAUUUGCUUUCAGAACAAUUACACUGGUUCUGGGGGUGGCAAUGGAAGUACUAGUCUCAACUGCUCCACCAGUAAUAAUAACACUAACAAUAACAGUAACAGUAACAACAACAAUGUGCAAUGGAAUCUUUGGCAUCAAUUCAACCAGUGGCCUCCCAACGAACAGCAAACCAUGUUUGGCAGUGCGGGCAGUCUGUUGUGCACCCAAAGUCAGCCCGCAGCGGCGACAGCGACAGGUUUAGUUAGACAUCAUCAACAGCAGCAGCAGCAGCAGCAGCAACAGCAACAUCAUUGCUCAAAUCAGAAUCGAUGGAGUGUUCCCAUUUCAGCCAGCUCAAAAUCAACGACUGCUCAAAGCACCUCUACACCGUCCAUAGAUAGGUAUGCUGCGUUGAAGGAUCUGGAUGAUCAGUUUCGAGAGAUCAAACUCGAAUGCGAAACGAAUAACAAUAACAACAACAACAGUCACAUCGUAAAUGGCACCAGCAACGGACUGCUCAAUGGAAACCACUCCAGUGAUGUUCAUCAAGCACCCACAGCGAAUCCCUUCAAGUCAGCAAAUCCGUUCCAGCAGCAGCCGCAGGUGCAGCCGAGCCUCAACUGGUCGAUCCCGGGAUCAACACCGGUCGGCGGAACAAUAUCGAGCGGUUUCUACGGAACAUCACCGUACCAGAACGGAUUUGCGCAAGCUCAUCUGCUCAACGGAAACGGAGUCGGUUUCACCAAUGCCUUCCAUCAGCCGGUAAGUAGUGCGGCCACUGCUUUCGGCUCCAGCGCCCAGGUGGUGCCUCAGUUCAACGGGCACUUCGGCAAUCCAUUCGUGGCCGCCGGAGCAACGACCGGUUCGUCCAAAUCGAAUAAUCCCUUCUUAUGAGUAGCUACCUAGAUCCGCACCAGCAGCAUCUAUUCUGGUUUCUAGGUUAAAAAAGCUCGAGCUCGGUUUGUGCGUGUAGAUUUCAGUGAUCGACGUAUUAGAGAUAGUAGGUACAUGCCGCAAUGUAAGUUUUAUCCGCAAAGCUAUUUUCCGAUUGCAGGAAAAAAGCAAUAGCUUGCGCCCACAGGGAAGAGUAUAUUUAUACUGAAAACAGAAGAGUAGGAUUUCAUCAGUACACGAGUGAUACAAUUUUUUAACGUGGAUGGGGAUUUGGUUUUAGAACAGCGCAAAGUUAGUUAUUUUAUACGGCUGUAAAUCUGUAUAUUUUUGGUUCAGUUUUAAAUUACACAUGUAGAGGAAAGAACCAGCUUAAAGGACCAAUUGGUCCAGGUUAUGAAUUUGAUCUAAUAAUUCACGAGAUAAAAGCGAGAGUUUAGUGUUUGGUGAUAAACUAGGCAAAUCGAGUGGCACCUAGUUUCAUGAGUAUUACUGAUGCGCAGAAAUAUCAGGUGAUCAAUUCCAUUACACAAAUUUACUAUACGAAAAGAAAAAAUUGCCGCUUUAUUUCACACCUGCUUACGCGUAUACGUAUCAAGCGUUCGUUUAAGGAUCUAGACUGACUAUGGCAGGAAAUGUUAAGGAAACGUAGAGGGCACAGAUCUAAUACCUUGGAUUGAAAUAAUUUAAACCCGUUGGGGUUUGGUAAUUAUUGCACCUCCAUCAUCAGAGUGUGUAGUUGAAAAACUACGAUCCAAUUCAGAAGAAUGAGAAAACUUUUCAGAUUACUGAACUUUAAUUCGUAUUUUCUCAUGGGAAUACAAUUAGUUAUAAGCCUGUUCCUAAUUUCAACAUUAAUUGUUUUGAACUUUUUUGUUCGUUUUAGUUAUGGUUUUUAGGCGUUUUUAUGUUGAAUAAAAACUAAUGUUGUUAUAAAUUUACUCAAAAAGAGUUUGAGUUUCGUACGUUUCGUCUAUCAUACGUUACCAUGAUUUGGGACUUGUUUCCGGGAACAAUCAUAUAUCGACUCAGAUAAAGAGAUUAUUUUAAAGAACAGGCUUGUCUGAGUCUUGUCUGGGUGAAUUCGUAUUUACCGUAUCGAAAAAGCUUUGCGUGACCAAUUUUCGUUGUUGAAAGAAAAUUAGCAAUCACUUGAACGCAGCGAAUACUUGUUGUUUUUUCUAAUCAUAACCAUGUUUUACCGACCUGUAACUCAAUAACCAUUUGCUAGUUCAAAUUGCAUUUACAUUGAGUUAACGCAUCGCUUUUGUUUCUAGGAAUGGGUUUCGUAUAUUGGAUUUCCAACGCCACAAGUUGUCAGUCUUUUUCCUAAUAAAAUUGUACAUACUUUAAUUCAUUUGUAGGUUACUCUUAACGAUGAAGUCAUAAGUAGUAGAACCCAAAAUAGAGAACAAUAUUUAACAACUUAUCGCCAUAAACACGCCUGCAACAAAACCGAGGAUUGUAUAGUUCCACAAAAAGUUUUAUUAGGCAAACGAGUUAAGUAAACUACUUAGAUGGUGGGUGAGGGUAAACGAUCAUUUUAUUCGUGUUUGAAGUUACAAAAUUUAAGAGCUCAUCACGAGCUAAGGUUUAUCGAAAUACAUACACGUUUCAAGUUGCUAAAUACGAAUUGCAAAAAGAAAAACCGUUUGUGCCGUAGGUAUCUCGGACUAUUCAAUCAAUUCCAGUUCAUUGAUCGCUAGUUAUAUCAUCCACACCAGCACAAGCAAGAUUAUUCCGAUCAGGUGCGAAACUGGUAGGAGUGGAAUUUUUGAAUCUACACCCAGUAUCAUCAGCGUCAUCCUAGAGGAACUUUACUAAGCGCGUUUAAAAAAGUUUUUUCACAUUUACCCAGAAAAUAUUUAUCCAGCAGAACUUAUCUACCAAUGCGAAGGGUACUCAACGCUCAAGAGUUUCACGUAAUGCCGCUAGAUUUUGCCAUCGUUAGAGGGUAGCUGUGUGACAGAAGUUUAUAAGUAAUAACUAUACCGAGUUAGAUUGUUGUAAAAGUUCAACUUUUAUUCAAAGUAAAAAUGCUUUUGUGGCCUUACAAGACAAAAAAAAUUGGAACAAUUUUUUUUAUAAAACUAAGAACGUUGUAGCGUAGCGAAUAUACAGAAGUUUAAAUACAGUUGAUCAGCGGUUGCAUGCAGACUUUUACACAUCCAAGGUUUAAUGUUUAUAAAUAACCUACCUAUUCAUGAGAAGUUUAUGCUAGAAUGCCUUUGUUCAUCCCCAAUAUAGAAUACCUUAGUAGAGUGGGAAUCCAGCGUCUUUCAAGUUAUUUUUGUAACAAGCUAAAACUAUUGAACAAAAAAUCUGAGAUUUUAUAUUCAAGCAAGUCAUAUAAACUUUUUUUUAGCAAAAUUAAGCUUUUUGAUAUUUUUUAGUUCAUUACGGUUGAAUACAUCUUUUAGUCAUAGCUUUCAGAUGUAUUAUUUAUACCUUCGAAGGCCUAAUCCAAAAACCGUAAUUUACCCUGUGACUCAAAUUCGCCGAGAACCUAAUUGCUUGAAAUAUACUCCUUUUCUCAUCUUUAAAAGUAACUCUAAAUAGAAACGAGUAACGUGCAUCAGUAAAAAAUAGUUUGUUUAUAGAUAUCGAUACGAAAUGACAAAAUAAAGAAAUCGAAUGAUCAAGUGAUUAAGCGGUGUAGAACGUAUGCCGAAUGUUUCAUGAUGUGUUAUUAAUCUGAAGAACAAAAAUACAUCUGCAGAUAUAAUGACGUUUGUUGUAUUAAAAUAAGGGUGAAGAACCACCAACUACUACGUAUGUAAAGUUUAAAUCAUAACUAUAAAAUGUAUCAAAAGUCCUAAAUA